AUGAGAAAAUCAUUCUUAUUCAACGUCAGCUAUAAUGACGACGACGCCUUGAAGCAGUUCGGCGAGGACAAGAAACUUGCCGAGAACCUACGCGACAUAUACGUGGGCGAGGAUCUGACAUUUCCGGAUAACUUUAAAACAAAUGAGUUCGUCAGGGUACGCGCUCCGGCAGAUACGGCUGUUGGGGAUCUGGAAUCAGUUGUGGUUCCCGAUGGGUUGAAUGUGGAUAUCAAGGACCUUGAAUUAUAG